AUGUCCCAGCAGCAGGCCCCCUACGCCGCGCCGUACGCUGCCCCCGCGCAGCCCGCCGCCCAGCCCUACGUCCAGCCGGUGUACCCCCAGGCCGGUGGCGCCGCGCCCGUGUUCCCGCCCGCGGCGGCGAGCACCACGCGUGCUUACGGCGAGGGCCUCACCCUUGCUGACAAGUGCCUGCACCCCGUCCUCACGACCAUCAUCGCCGUCCUCUACGUCGUGCUCGUCAUCCUCGCUGGUACCGGCUUCGCCGCGUGGGCCGCGUACGACAACGGGUACUACUCCUACGGCAACUCUAGCCUCAACGCCUAUAUCGGCCUCCUCAAGGCGCUCGCCAUCAUCUCGCUCUUCCUCUCCCUCAUCCUGGCCUUCCUCAGUGUCCUCGCGUCGGUCGCGACCAUCCUGUACGCGCUCCACCGCCCCCUCCCCCUCAAGCCCAUCUUCUACAACGUUGGCCGCAUUCUCUUCCCCAUCGUCGGCCUCAUCAACAUUGUCAUCUCCAUCAUCUCGGCCGUCAAGGGCGGCGGCGCCAGCGUCAUCAUCGGCAUCAUCUUCAACAUCAUCUUCACCUCCUACAUGACGUACGUCUUCCACCUGCUCUACACCCGCAAGGUCCAGCAGGACAAGUACGGCGCCGGCGUCGGCUACGAGAAGUAA